UUUCUGCCACCUCCACACAAAUUAGGCUCUCUCUCUCUCUCCUCUCUCUCUCUCUCUCUCGCGUUUCUUCCUUUCUUUGCUUCUGCUUGAUCUUCUUCUUCUCUUUCUUUUUGUUCAAUGGAAGAAGACGACCAAAAAGAGUUGCAGCUCCUGCCAGCUCCGCAGUCCGUACCUUCUUCAUCAUCGUCCCACAUCAUGUCAUCUCGGCCGUUGGAUAAUUCUAGCUCCAUCAUAAGGUACCGAUCAAAAGGUAAUAUUAACGGCUCUGAUCAUCGCCAUCAUCUAGACCUUCAGCUCUCGAUCAGCCUAAGGCCAAUACACGACAUUGACGAUGACGACGACGAGGACGACGAAGAUGAGGAUGUUGCGGCGGGGACGACGGGCUGCGUGGAGGCGCUGAAGUGGCAGGCGGCGGAGCAGAUUCGGCUGGCGGCGAUGGAGAAAGCGUACGCGGAGCGGGUGAGGGAGCUGACGAGGAGGGAGAUGGAGCUGGCGCAGUCGGAGUUCGCGCGUGCGAGGCACGUGUGGGAGAGGGCGAGGGAGGAGGUGGAGAGGGCUGAGAGGAUGAAAGAAAGAGCCACGACCGCCACCGCGACCACAACCACGACCACGUCAGGCUCCACAUGCAUGGAGAUCACUUGCCAAUCUUGCAGGCAAAGGUUUAGGCCUUAACUUAAUAAUUAAUAUAUGGAUGGAGGUUGAUCAUGAUCAAAAAGUUCAAAAUAGCUCAAAAUCAAAGCCCCUUUUUGAUCAUGAUGAUCAAAGGACGUUUAUUAAUUUCCUCGUGAGAUGAUGAUCAUGAUCAUGAUGGUGACUAGCUAGUAUAAUUUGUGGUUAAUUAAGUUCAUGUGCUUAUUGUUUUGGGUAAUGGGUUUGUUGCAAAGGAUUUUCUCCAUUAAUUGCUGGUGAAGGAAAAUUAAAUUAAUAACAAAGAGCAAAAUAAAUGGCUAGCUAGCUCGAAAUAAUGUUAUUAAUUACUUUUUGAAUUAGUAAUUAUUGUGGCUUAUGCCUCGUUCUUUUUUAGUUAGUUCCCUGAUCAAGAUUCUGUAUGAUGAAUAAAAUAGAGAAGCUUUUCUUUUAAACCCUCAUGGUCAAGAAUAGA